AUGAGUACUUGUCCAUAUUGUAAUAAAAAAGUAUAUUUUGCAGAACGUCAAUUUUAUAAAAAUCAGGAUUAUCAUCAAAUUUGCCAUGGUUUGUUGAUUAGAGAAGAGCAAGCUAAAGCACCAAAAGUUUUUGCAAUUCAUGAAAUUAUUCAUUGCAACCCUGAUGAAAAUUUAAAACAAAAAUAUCCAUUAGCUCCAAUUGAUGGUUAUGUACCAUCCCAACCCUCCACUAGUGCCUCACCACCUCCAAAAACAGUUAAAGAAAGACUUAAUACAGUUUCAUCAGUUGAUAAAGUUGUUUCAACUCCAUCUGGUUUCAAUUCAUCAGGCUCAAAAGUAACUACUCAAUCAUCUUCACCAUCAUCCUCACCAAAAGUUUCAACCAAUGGUCCAAAGAAAUGUGGGGGUUGUCCAAAUAUUUUACAACCAAAUAAUCGUUUCUGUACCCAAUGUGGCUUAAAGUGUUAA